CGGCUUCCGUCCUCUCGGCUUCCUUACUGCACCCAUACCUGCCAGAGCUGGGCCUCCGAGGCCCUGCCUAGCCUUGAGUCAGACCUCAGUCCCUCUGUCUGCAGACGUGUUCCUGCCCCCAAUGAGAGGAGGAGCAGAUCCGGGUCUCUUGAGAGCCGAGGGUUGAGGGCAUUGAGCCAAGGCACAGACUUGUCACCUCUGCCCCCAAAGACACCUGCAUCCUUCAUGCAGAGCCAAGAUGGGGAAUGGAACUGAGGAAGAUUAUAACUUUGUCUUCAAGGUGGUACUGAUCGGCGAAUCAGGAGUGGGGAAGACCAAUCUGCUGUCCCGAUUCACACGCAACGAGUUCAGCCACGACAGCCGCACCACCAUCGGGGUCGAGUUCUCCACCCGCACUGUGAUGCUGGGCACCGCCGCUGUCAAGGCUCAGAUCUGGGACACAGCAGGCCUGGAGCGGUACCGAGCCAUCACCUCGGCGUAUUACCGUGGCGCAGUGGGGGCUCUCCUGGUCUUUGACCUAACCAAGCACCAGACCUACGCUGUGGUGGAGCGCUGGCUGAAGGAGCUCUACGACCAUGCCGAAGCCACCAUCGUCGUCAUGCUCGUGGGUAACAAGAGUGACCUGAGCCAGGCCCGGGAGGUGCCCACUGAAGAGGCCCGCAUGUUUGCCGAAAACAAUGGGCUGCUCUUCCUGGAGACCUCAGCCCUGGACUCCACCAAUGUUGAACUAGCCUUUGAAACUGUCCUCAAAGAGAUCUUUGCGAAGGUGUCCAAGCAGAGACAGAACAGCACUCGAUCUAAUGCCAUCACUCUGGGCAGUGCCCAGGCUGGGCAGGAGCCUGGCCCUGGGGAGAAGAGGGCCUGUUGCAUCAGCCUGUGACCCUGGCCACCACCUACCUGCUCCCACUGGCUUUCUGGUGUCCCUCAACUCCACCCUAGCUCCAGGACUUUUCCCUACCCAUUGGUUCCAGAGGUCAGAGUGUCCAGUUCUCUGUUCUCAGUCCCCCAGAGCCCUAAAGUCUUCAUGCCCCAGCAUCCAUAUCACUAUUAUCUGUCCACCCCUCACAGACUGGGGCCCUCAAAUAAAGCUGUAUUUUGUAUCAACGCCUGG